AUGGGUUCUUCAUCAAAAGUUUUCAACGUUGCAGUGUUUUUCGUUGUUUUAAGAGAAUGUUUAGAAGCUGUUGUUGUUAUUUCAGUUUUAUUAUCCUUUUUGAAACAAGCUAUUGGUGAUCAUGAUCCAAAAUUAUACAAGAAGUUAAGAUUACAAGUUUGGAUUGGUGCUUUUGUUGGUGUUUUCAUUUGUUUAGCUAUUGGUGGUGGGUUCAUUGGUGCUUACUAUGGUUUACAAAAUGAUAUUUUCGGUGGUGCAGAAGAUUUAUGGGAAGGUAUUUUCUGUAUGAUUGCCACUGUUAUGAUUUCAUUUAUGGGUAUUGCAAUGUUAAGAGUUAAUAAAAUGCAAGCUAAAUGGAGAGUUAAAAUUGCUAAAUCAUUAGUUGAAGUUCCAGAAAGAAAAGUUGAUCGUUUUAAAAUUGGUUAUUUAACUAAAAAAUAUUCCAUGUUUUUAUUACCUGCUUUCACAACAUUAAGAGAAGGUUUAGAAGCUGUUGUUUUCGUUGCUGGUGCAGGUAUCACCACACAAGGUGCUAAAGCUUCUUCAUAUCCAUUACCAGUUGUUGUUGGGUUAAUUGCCGGUUCAGCUGCAGGUGUCUUAUUAUACUAUGGUACAUCAUAUUCAUCUAUGCAAGUUUUCUUAGUUAUUUCAACUUGUAUUAUGUAUUUAAUUGCAGCUGGUUUAUUUUCAAGAGGUGUUUGGUAUUUUGAAAGUAAUACAUUUAAUAAACAAACUGGUGGUGAUGCAUCAGAAUCUGGUGAUGGUAAUGGUUCUUAUGAUAUUUCAAAAGCUGUUUAUCAUGUUAACUGUUGUAAUCCAGAAUUAGAUAAUGGUUGGGAUAUUUUCAAUUCAUUAUUAGGAUGGCAAAAUACUGGUUAUAUUGGUUCAGUUUUAGCUUAUAACUUAUAUUGGUUAGUUUUGAUCAUUGUUGUUUUAUUAAUGUUAUAUGAAGAAAAAACUGGCCAUUUACCAUUCUGCAAAAACUUAGGUUUAAGACAUUUAAACCCAAUGUAUUGGAUUAAAAACAAAAAGAAAAAUGAAUUAACUGAUGCUGAACGUGAAGAAUUGUUUAGAAAAGCUCAAGAUAUUAGAUUCAACCAAGAAGGUGGAUUGGAAACUGUCCAUGAUGGUCCUGUUGAAGAAGUUCAACAUUCUGGUGUUCCAGCUAAAUAG